UUGGCUGGCCUACCACCUGAGAGUACGUACGCGCUUCCGCAGGCCACGCGACAUUUGACUCAAAAUCGCGUUUAUAUCAACUUAGGCAGUGCAAAUAUGGCCACCGUGCUAGAGGAUGAAAUAAUUCCUGAAAUGAAGAUUCCACUCACCUUCAAAUGGUCCGGACGCGAGUACAAGGUAGAUCUCCUUGGAUCAGAUAGAGUGUAUGACCUCAAGACUUCGCUGAUGAGUUUGACGAAGGUUCCACCAGAGAGGCAGAAAAUUUUAGGUUUAGUAAAAGGAAAACUACCCCCAGAUCAAGAGAGAAUCGCAGAUCUACGAAUUGCAGGAAAAUCAUUUACACUUAUAGGGACCCCUGAAGGUGACGAGAUCAAAGACCCUUCAAAGUUGGAAUUCCUUCCUGACGUUGUCAAUGAUCUUGAUGUAGACUUCACUGACAACCCUGCUGCCGCUGCGACAUAUAAAAAUGACCAGCGAAACAUUCGCAAAGUCAAAGAGGCAACCGAGAAACUUCAGAUUAAUAUCAUUCAUCCUUUGCGAGAUGGAAAGCGUUUACUUGUGCUGGACAUUGAUUACACUAUUUUGGACACCAAACCACUAACGUCUGGCUCAUUGCCUCCUGCGGAAUGUGCGAGGCCUGGCCUGCAUGAAUUUCUAGAGGCCAUAUACCCUUACUAUGACAUCUGCAUCUGGUCUCAAACUAGCUGGAUAUGGCUUGAGGCGAAGCUCGUAGAACUUGGCAUGGUUGGAUCUACCAGGAAUUAUCAGGUUUUAUUUGUCCUCGACAAAACUUGCAUGUUUACUGUCUUUACAGAACGAAACGGCCAACCAUAUGCACACCAUGUCAAGGCACUGCAAAUUAUUUGGAAUCACUUUCCCCAGUUUUCGGCGAAGAACACUAUUCACGUGGAUGACCUGAGUCGGAAUUUUGCCUUGAAUCCAAACGAAGGACUAAAAAUCCAUGCCUUCAAGAAUGCUCAUUCAGAGCAGGCUCAAGCUGACCGGGAGCUUCAUAAAUUAUCCCGGUACAUGGUACAUAUCGUCACUAUAGAAGAUUUCCGGACGUUGCGCCAUAAGGCCUGGAAGCAUGAGCUGAGGCGACUCACGCAAUCGUAAUGAAGACACACUCCGUCUUACGGUGCUCAUUCAUACCAUGGUACUUUGAUUGGUUAGGCCUACAUAGUAGGGACAAUUGUUGUGUUAGUGUACAUGAUCUUUGUAACAUAGCUAUUUUGUAACAAAACUGUGCUAUAUAUGUACAACUUUUCGUAGUAUCAUACUUCCGUAAUAACAAAUUCUUCACCAGCC